GGUCUCCUAUGUUUAUGGUGUUUUUGUGUGGAGCUCAUCAGACUAGCACAGCAACAUACUACAACAACAAUAACGAGGUAAAAUGUCUUCGGAUUCACCUCGCAGAUUGAGUCGCUGUGCUGGAGGGGCUUUGGUGCGAGCACAAGCUGCUACGGAGCAGUCUUACAUGGAAAGCGUAGUGACUUUCUUGCAAGAUGUCGUUCCUCAGGCCUACUCUGGGGGUCUGCAAACUGAUGAAAAGGAGAAAAUAAUUUGGGUUCGAUUUGAGAAGGCCGACAUCAAUGACUCUGCCCGGAACCCAGAGUUUAUGGAGAUGCACGGUGGCACUACUGAUCCCCCUCUCUGUCUCAUGAUUGGUUACACUGAUGGGAUUCAGAUUUGGAGCAUAUCUGUGGCAGGAGAGGCCCAGGAACUGUUCUCUGUGCGUCACGGCCCGGUGAGAACUGCUCGCAUUUUGCCAGCCCCGCAUAUCACUCCUCUGAAAGUAGACAGUUUCUCUGACAAGAGACCCUUGCUUGGAGUUUGCAAGAGCACAGGAUCCUCAGGGACAAGCCCGCCCUACUGUUGUGCGGACCUGUAUUCUCUCAGGACUGGUGAAAUGGUCAAAUCCAUCCAGUUCAAAACCCAGAUAUAUGAUCUUCACUGUAACAAGCAUAUCCUUGCGGUCAGCCUACAAGAGAAAAUCGCCGCAUUUGACAGCUGCAACUUCACCAAGAAGUUUUUUGUCACAAGUUGCUAUCCCUCUCCUGGGCCCAAUCUCAAUCCAGUAGCACUGGGAAGCCGCUGGCUAGCAUAUGCUGAAAACAAGUUAAUCAGAUGUCACCAGUCUCGAGGAGGAGCAUGUGAUGAUAAUUCACAAUCUUACACUGCUACCGUCAUCAAUGCUGCCAAGACUCUAAAGACAGGUCUAACAAUGGUUGGAAAGGUUGUGACCCAGUUGGCUGGUACACUGCCAGCAAGUACGUCGGAUGAAGAAGGGUCGCCUCACAGUGUGAGUCGUCGUAGCCUCCAUACUUCCGGUGUGGUCACCAUCAUUGACACGCACAGUGUUGGUGAAGGACAGGUCUUAGUGAGCGAGGACUCCGAUGGAGGAGGAAUUGUGGCUCAUUUUCCAGCUCAUGACAAACCCAUAUCGUGCAUGCAGUUCAGUCCCAGCGGGAUGCUGCUUGUGACUGCCGACAUCCUGGGUCAUGAUUUUCACGUCUUCCAGAUCCUCACCCACCCAUGGACGUCCUGCCAGAGUGCUGUUCACCAUCUGUAUACGUUACACCGCGGGGAGACUGAAGCAAAGGUCCAGGACAUGUGCUUCAGCCAAGACAGUCGCUGGGUGGCCAUCAGCACCCUCCGUGGCACGACUCAUGUCUUUCCUAUCAACCCCUACGGCGGAGCACCCUGCUCCCGCACACAUAUGUCCCCACGGGUUGUCAACCGGAUGUCACGCUUCCAGAAAAGUGCUGGCCUCGAGGAGAUUGAGCAGGAGCUGAACAGAGUAGCUGCCUUUGGAAGUGUGGGGGGAGCGAGCAUUGGAGGAAGUGGCUGUGUCCUGGGCGGAAACAUCGGGGGCCGUUGUAGCCCCAUACCCGGUCUUUCAAGUAGUCCGUCGGGGUCGCCACUGCACGUCAAGCUAAGCAGCCAAGAUGCGUACAACAACUUCAGCAACAACAACAUGGCAAACCCACGCUUGUCUCCUCUGCCGAGCCUCACUGUUGUCCUGCCUCUCGCUCAGAUCAAACAACCCAUGACUCUCGGAAAUAUCACGAAACGCUCUGGACCUUACCUCCUCGGAGCAUGUUUUGCCAGUACAACUCCAUGCAAAAGUAAACCACCCCCGCAGAUUUCCCCGAGCAAAUCCGGUGGAGGGGAGUUCUGCGUGGCCGCCAUCUUUGCUUCAUCACGGUCGUGGUUCAUUACGAAUCCCACCAUGAAAAGAGAGAAAGAUCAGCCAAGGCAGACUGUUGUGGACUCACUGUACAUCAUCAGUUGCUAUGGUAACUUGGUGGAGCAUGUUCUCGAACCUCGGCCCAUAAUCACCGCACAAAAAAUAAGCGAUGACACCGCUUUGGAACUUUGCACCUCUCCACGGGCCUGCUGGACUCUAGCAAGAACUCCACAAUGGAAUGAGCUGCAGCCACCCUUCAACGCCAACCACCCCUUAGUUCUGGCCUCUGAGUUGGUGCAGUCCUGCCAGUACCUUUCGGCCGGGAUGUCCCCAAGCCAAAUCAAAGAUGACGAGUCAUCAGAUAUCCCGGCAUGGGAGCAGAGUGGACAGUACGAUGAGGAGUGGCUCUCUCAGGUGGAGAUUGUGACUCAUACAGGUCCACAUCGUCGCCUGUGGAUGGGACCCCAGUUUCAGUUUAAGACCAUCCAUCCUUCAGGCCAGACCACCGUCAUUUCAUCCUCCUCUUCAGUGCUUCAGUCCCAGGGUCCGUCGGAUGCACAGCAGCCUCUCCUGGACUUUGACACAGAUGACCUGGAUCUACAUAGCCUGAGGAUCCAGCCGUUGCGUUCGGAUCCAGUCAGCAUGCCUGGGUCGUCAGGGCUGGUGUCUGAUCGUCAAGGACAGGUGAACAUCAUGGAUGCCGGUCCAGGUUAUUCCUGAAAGCCAAGCUCUUCACACUACCAUUUUAUUCAUUUAAUCAUUCAUUUUUUUUUUUACAUAUUUAUCUUUUCCGUCGUCCCUUCAUGCACCCUUCCCUCUCUCCCUCACUACCCAAUCAUCUUUUGCCAUUGGUGUGAGAGACAAGAGGACAGGCGGGGCAAGAGCAAGAGAGGAAGAUAAGCAGCUUUCUACACGUCCACGUAUUUGUCUGUCUUGCUCCGUCACUUUCAACUCUGCCACAGAAGGAUUCGUACCCAGCCGGCAUCAGCCAUCAAUUUGAUGUAUUUGUUUUAUCAAAUAAUUAUCAGACAAUGAAAUCUUUUUGCAUCGUAGUAAUACAAAGUGCAUACUUCUCCAGCUUUCCAUUUCCAUGACACACACUCAACAGCCUUUAUGCAGACAGUAAAGCACAUACAUAUACAGUACACACUGUAUACAUAUGCGUACGCAUAUGUAUACAGUCUGGAAAAAAUGAUUAGACCACCCUCGUUUCUUCAGUUUCUCGUUCAUCUUAAUGCGUGAUACAACUAAAGGUACCGUUGUUUGGACAAAUAUAACAAUGACAACAAAAAUAGCUCAUAAGAGUUCCAUUUUUUGGUCAGGACAAUGCUGUAGCUAUUCAUGAAAGAACUUCAUUUUGGUUAUUAUCAAGAAAAGCAUGGAAGUUGCUAGAUGUCAGCUCUUAAAUGAAACUCUUUUGAGCUAUGUUUGUUAUCAUCGUUAUAUCUGUCCAUACAAAUGUACCUUGAGUUGUACCAGGCAUUAAAAUGGAUCAAUAAACUGAAGAAACAAGGGUGGUCUUAUCAUUUUUCCCAUGACUGUAUAGAUAGACAGUCGUCCUUCGCAAUAUCCCAGUUUGAUUAGCAUGUUUUUUCAGAAAUUAUAUAAUUAAUAAGUGACGGGUGUUUUGUGGUAGACUAGCGUCUAUUAUUCAUCGAAACACAUUGAAAUACAAGCGAUAUGUUGUAUUCUGGUCACUAAGAGGCAGCAAUGACACAAAACAUUGAGACAUUAGCUUACAUUACAUUACCUUAACACUGCAUGAAGUCAUGAAGUCAGACAUGGCAUGUCCCACAUGAGCAGAAAAAAGUCCUCCUCCCAAUCCAUGUGGAAGUGGUACGUUUUUGGCUUCUUAAGUUUAGAAGAAAUAAAUUUGAGGCUAACUGGUUAGCUUGCUAGCUAGUGGCCGUCUCGAGUUCCUGCAGCAUAAGACUUGUGCAAUGUGAUGUAAACAAAGAACAACAGGAGUGUAAAGGUGACUAUAGGCGUGUUAUUUCAUGUCUAGAGGGCUUUAUUAAUGUUAAAAAAUAAACAGGUUUUCUAUGCUCUAACGAAAACACAAAAAUAUUCAAUUAACACUGAAUACUACAUCGCGGAAAUUCAUUUAUCUCGGUCAGGUCUGGAACCAAUGAACCGCUAAAACGAGGGGCGCAUGUACGUGCACAGCAGUCCCUGGCUGCAAUCUGUCUAUGGUGUCCCAACUCUUAAAAGAAAAAAAAACACAAUGCAUGCUUCACAUAGAUUAAGACACAGACAAGUGGAUGCUUUGGUUGGACACUCCACUAGUUUGUUAGGUGCACUGGUCAUACGAAAACAUAUUUUGAUCAAUCAUUUUUGGCGAAAAACAAGUUGUCCGAAAACCCCGAUUUUCCACAGUAAAGUGGUAAAAAUAAGUAUUUGAUCCCCUGCUAAGUUUAUAAGCUUAUCUUCUUCCAAAGACCUGGAUAGUGUGUAUGUGUCGUACAUUAGGGAAGCGCGAUAAUGAUCGCACCAAUAAUUAUAGGGCCGAUAUGAGGGAAUUAUGACGUCAUACCGAUAAAUCAAAUAACAUUAAAAAUACUUCUGAUAUCCGAUAAUAAUUUAAAAAACCCACUGAGCUCACUUGAAAACAAACAUUCACUUUAAGAGGAAGGACGUUGUACCAAAUGCUUUGCGAUGAUGAGCAGACAAACUGAAAUGCCAGCGCCGCAGCGUUUGAAAAGUGAAAAAGGUUCGCCAGAGACCUCCGUGGCGUCACCCCGGCUACUCGGCGCAUGUUCCCGAAUACAGUGCACCUUGCUGAGCCACGCCAGGUUGCCCCUCCCGCUCUGUACGCCAGUUCUCCUGACCUCCGUAGCGGCACACCGGCUGCUCUGAGAAUGUAUCCGAAUAUAGUGCACUUUGCUGGGCCACAGCAGAUGAAUAGAGCUCCCUCUGCUCUAUACUCUGGUUCUCCUGAUAGUAGUGAUGUGGUAGUAGUAAUGUCAUGAUAUUUGAUUAGGACAACUCAACAGGUACAGUUGGUCAAAUCCUAAUUUGUUCCAGUCCUUCUUACCUCCAGGUGUGCACAAACUACAGUUAAAUCAAAAUUUUAAAAAGUAGAUAUAUCGGUCUCGAGAAGCAAAAACCUUUCGGUAUCGGUUUGAAAAAAAUAUAUUGUGCAUCUCCACUGUAUUUGAUAUUUGUAACUGUGUGAGACAGAAUGUGUUUCUUAAAAAAAAAAAAAAAACCACAAAGUAAAGGUUAUAAAUAAACUUGCAUUUUAUUGAUGGAGACAAGUAUUUGAUCCCCCUACCCACCAGAAAGCAUUGUGACCCCCACAAAGCGGUUAUAUGUCCACGAAACCCACUAAGAAAGUAAUCUCAACUCAUUAUGUGGACACAAAAACACUCUCAAACAUUUCCAUCACCAUUGGCAAGACCAAAAAACUGACCUCAAGAUUGCAGACCUGCACCAGACUGCACAAGAAUGGACUAGAAGAGCAUAAAAAGAAGUGCGGUGAGAAAGAAAGCACUAUUGGUGCAAUCACUGAUCAAUGGAAGAAAUCUAAGUUAACACUUCAUCACCUUCACUCUGGAGCGCCAUGCAGGAUUCCACCUGGUGGGGUAAGGAUGAUUGGGAAAAAGGUGAGGGAGAAGUCCAGUACAGUGUUUCAAAUACUUACAGUGUACUUAACAUGAAGUACACAGGUACAUUUUUAUGAAAGGUCUUCAUUGUUCUUCUUAUUCCACACCAAACGUUUUUUAAUCAACUUACUAAUCAAUUACUUCAACCGAUUCAUACCAUUCCAAUGCCCAAACGUUAGCUACUGACACAUCGCAAAAGGUUCUCAGCAAUUAGACAUUUUACGCACACAAAAUGUUAACUCUUCUUAAUCGAUUCAACACAUUCCAACACCGAAACAUUCAGCUCCUUCAGGACAUUGGGACCGACCAUUUUUCACACCCUAGAAAUGAUAACUUUUCCCGAAAUUCCACAUUUUACAUAACACUAAUUAAAGGAAAAGUGCACUUUUAUUUUUAAUUUUGCCCAUCAUCCACAAUCCUUAUGUGAGACAUGAACACAAGUCUUUUUGUUUUUCUGUGCACUGUAAAGAUAUAAAAACAGCUAAAAAGAGGCAGCUAAUGAAUGCACACAAUGGGACACAGCUAUUCCGCCUACAAAGCCUGCUAUUAAAACACCUCUAAAAACCUCCAACAAGGUUUUAUGGUUUUAUAUCCACGCUGUGAGCACGUACACCUAGCAUACACCUAGCGUACACCUAGCGUUAACUUUUCCAAACUCAAAAACAAAAACACAACCGCAGCAGCGGCAGCGGCAGCUCCAAUAUGUAGCGUCACCUUUCGGUCGUGGCCUGAGCGGCCUGUGUGGUAAGGCUAGUCGCUAGCCGGCUAGUAGCUAGCUGGUGUGGUGUGACGAGGUGUCACUACGCCAAUAACGUAGUUCUUGGGCAUAACAAUAAUAAUAACAAUGCCGCUGUAGCUUGGUUAAUGUGCAGGCCACAUUGGGUAAAUGGAGCGUUGUUGGCGCUUUUUGGAGGUUUUUUCAGAAGGCUUUACAGGCGGAAUAGGUGCAUCCCAUUCCGUGCAUUCUUAGCUGCCUCUUUUUAGCUGUUUUUUAUAUCUUUAGAAACACAUUGAAAGUCCCUACUACUUCCACACAAAUUCCCAGUUUUCCCAGAAUCCCACAUAAUCCGGUCAUUUUUCCACAUUUCUCAAAGCAUUCUAACAUCAGCAUCAGGCUACCAAUUUUCCACAUCCCAAAUAUUCCAACUUUUCCCGUAAUCCCAACAUUUUCUGUACAGCAUUUGAGUUCAUCUUCAACUUUUCGGCAUUCACAUGCAGUUUCCACACUAAUUGCGUUCUCUCGCUAUUACAGUAAAAAGUGUCAGCAGUGCCGUAACUUCAUGCUCUGAUUUUUUGUACUCUACUUGUCGAUGGUUGGUACUGAUUCUGACGGGCUCGACCUUGUGUGCGUAAAAGCCAGUUUGACUUGUACAAACAUUUUGCUGUUUGCCGUGGGUUUUGUUGUAAUGCAUCAAUCCCAUUGUGGUGACGCUGCUUGUAUUUAAAGUGUGUGAAGUGUGCAGAAGCAUACAAACGUCCUCUAUGUUCCAGCUCACAUGAAGAAAAAGCAAAAAUGUGUUUCGUGAGGACAAAGCAUCCUGUGGGCCCCUGGCAGCGUCAGUGUAUAAUUGUUACGCUUUUGAGCCAAGAAUGGAGUUUCUGUGCUUGCAUGUUGUAUUAUUUAUAAAUAAUGUAUGAAGAAGUGGUAGAGGGCUUCUUUGUUGAAACGUUAUGACUAAAUAGCAGUGGAAAACACACACAAAUAUCCUGUCAAACUGCAAAAAAAUCUCUUAUAAGUUCUUCUCUUCAGGAUUUUUAUCAUAUAAUGUUGCUCAGCAGGGUUGCACACAUCUCAGGAGGGAUUUUUGUCCACUCCUUUGCACCAAUACUCUCCGAAUCCUAAAGGUUUCCAGGUAAUUCCUUGGCAACUCAAAGGUUCCGCUCCAUCCACACACGUUUUAUGGGAUUCGUAUCCAUAGACUGGCGAGGCCACUUUCUUUCUUUUUGAGCCGCUCCAUCAUUGUUGCCCUGGUCGUAUGUUUUGGGUCAGGAAGCCUUCAGUGUUCUCAUCCAAGUUUAGAAGCCCCAGAAUCUAAGACGAAAGCUGUAACAGGGGUGUCCAAAGUGUGGCUCAUUCUGUAAAUAUAAUUUAAAAGAAAACUAAAAAAAAACCACAAAAAAAACAGCAAAAAUGGAAAAAACAGCAGUUUUACAAGAAUAAUGAGAAAUGAAUGAACUGUAAUGAGAAAAAGUGUAAUAUUACAAGAAUAAAGUUGUAAUAUUAUGAGCAAAAAUAACAUCAUUUUAGUAUGAUAAUAUUGAAAUAUUAAGGGAAAAAAAAACAUUUUUAAGUCAUAAUAUGAUGAGAAAUAAAUAAGACAAAAUAAUGUUGUAAUUUUUGGAAAAUUAGGUUGUAAAUGCGACCAGAAUAAAGUCCAAAUAUUAUGGGAAUAAAGUCAUAAUAUUACUUAACAAAAAUGUAUGAAAAGAAAGUAAAAUAGUUGGGGAAAAAAAACAGCAACAACAGCAGAUAUGGUAAAAAAAAAUAGCUGUAAUGUUACAAGUCUUAUUCGAAUGAGAAAAAAGUUUUACAAAAAUAAAGUUGUGAUAUUAUGAGGAAAAACAAUGUCGUUUUAGCAGCAUAGAGUUGAAAUAUUAAAGAAAAAUAUGUUGUUUUUUAAAAGUCAUAAUAUUAUAAUAUGAGAAACAAAACAAAAUAAAGUUGUCAUUGAUGGCAAAAUGGGUUGGGGAAAAACAUUAUAAUAUUAUGGGAAUAAAGUCCUAAUAUUACAAUAAUAAAAUUUACAAAUAUUAUUUGGGGAGAAAAUUGAAAUAUUUGAAAUAUAAUAUUUUUUUAAAGAACAGCAAAAAUGGAGCAAAAGGAGCAAAAGAGUGAAGUUGAUAUAUGCUUAUCACAAAGCUGAGACGCAGUUUGCAUUCUUUUAUUUUUCAACAUGUGGCCCUUGGUGGAAAAAGUCAGGACACCCCUGCUGUAAGCUAUCAUACUAUUUGACAUUUUUGGAAAUGAAUUGCUAGAAAUGUGCUUUCUUUUAAUGUUUCAUUUUUUAAAAAAUCAUUAAAGCUGUUGACACAAAAGCUUAGCAGUUUGGUGUUUUGCAUUUGAACCCAAUGAACCCAACCGUGAUGAUGGUGUGCUGUUAUACGUCGUCCCUCGCUGCCUCGUGGUUUGGAUAUCGCUCCCUCACUGGGUUUUUCAAAAAUGUAUUAGUUAAUAAGCGAUUGCUGCUUCAUGGUUGAUUAUGGAUCAUUACUAGUCAAAAAAAUAUUAAAAGACAAGUAGUAUUCUGGCCACUAUGCGUCUGUGAUGGCAAAAACAUUGAUGAGACAUUAGCUUACGUUACAUUACCUUAACACUGCAUGUCGUCAGCCAUGUCAUGUCCGACAUGAUAGAGUGAAAAAAGUUCUCCUCCCAUUCCGUGUGGAAUUGGUACAUUUUAGGCUACUUAUUUUGUCUUCCUUCCUCACUGUUUGAAACCCUUUCUUAAGUUUAGAAUGAACUAGAUGAUGGCAAUGUCAGGAGACAUUGUGUGUGAAUGCUUAAGAGAUGAAGAAAAAAAACGAAAUGAGGUGGAAAGACAUGAGUGUCGAAAUGCAGGAUUAAUAUAAGAGUAGUUUGUAUGCAGAACAGCUGAAGCCGUGCUGAAAUGACGCAUAAAUGUGCUGAAACGUCAAAUGAGACAUGAUAGCACUGUUUAUAUAAGUUUCUACUUAUGAAAACGGCUAAAAUGCUACUAUGCUCAUGUGAGCAUGCUAACAAUGUUAGCAUGCAACAUCUAGCAUGGUAGUACUAGAGCUAAGUGUCUGCCUUUGUUAAUACUAGAAUGUUACUAUGCUAAUGUUAGCAUGCUACUGCUAACAUGCUGACACUACCACGAUAGCGCUAAGUGUUUACAUAAGUUGGUACUCAUGAAAACGGCUAAAAUGUUACUAUGCUAUUGUUAGCAUGUUAGUAAUGCUAACGUGGUCUUCUUUUGUGUCCCUGCAUUGAUCCCAUAGCCACCGCAUUAGCAAAGUGAUAUAAAGAAAGAAUAAUAGGAGUGUAAAGGUAAAUAUGGAGGCGUUAUUUCAUGUCUACAGGGCUCUAAUAAUGGUAAAAAAAAAAAAAAGAAGAAGAAAUAACUAACAAGAUAUUCCAUUUAUUAGCGUGAACCACAUUUAUUAAUAUUGAAUCCUACUUCUCGGAAAAUCACAAACCACGUUGGGGCCUGGAAUCGAUUAACCGCCAUAAACGAGAGACAACUGAAAUGCAAAUGCAUACAAAACAAAUAUUUACUGCAAAAAAACAAAAAAUUAUCAGAAUAUAAACCUUCUUAGUAGACCAGGAUUGACGCUUGUCUUAAAAUUUGUCCUACUUAACUUGAAACAAUGUCAAAUCUGUUGUGCACGGUUGAAAAUCCUGUAUUUUUUAAAAACUGUAUAUUGUUUUUUUAUUGUUUUUUAAAAAUAAUUAUGACAAUUAUAUUAAUAAUUAUCUAAAAUUGCACACAGUUGAACUAAAAAUACAUAUUCUUUUUGUUACAAAUAACAUGAUCAAGUGUAUAUUCAGAGGAUAAAAUAACUAAUAUAGAAAUGUAACUCGAUCAUUAGAGGUAUCGCAAGAUCUAGCGUCACAAGAUCUUGUGAGAUUAAAACGUGACAAGAUUUCUCAUUCAGAAAAAAAUAUCUCGUGAUCACUUGGCCUGGGACAAUAAUAAAUGGUUUAAUGCCAACUAAAUGCACUUGAACUUGCUAGUUUUAAGCAUCAGUAUGUUGCCAUGUGCACGCGUGCCUCCGAACAGGCAGGAAGAGAGUUCACUCUGUGCAUUGGUUUCAGCACCUUGGCGUGGCAUGUUUGUUCCAUAGAACAACUGCAUGAACGGAGUGAGCCCUUGUGUCAGUCAUGCAGUCUCCUUGUCUCGGUGGGUGUAGGCGGGGCCUCUAGCAUACACACAGAGUGCAGAAGAGUGUGACAUGGUAGAAAUCCAAUGAGUAGAAUGCAAUACAUUGUCAUUCAUUGUACUUUUCUUGAAAGUAAUGUUAAAAUCUCGUCUGGUCUCGUAGUACCCAAUCUCGUGGAUCUUCUCAUCUCGUGACACCCCUACUUAUCACACAAUAGUGUAUUUAUUUUGGAGGGGUGAGUCGUGUCCCCCGGUUGACAUUUCACCGUCUCCUAAUUGUAAUCACUAUUUUUGCAUGUAAUUAUCUCCAUCAAUUAGAACCGUGCAAUGUGGGAGCAUUGAGUGUUCUGGGAAAAAGGAAUAAUGGUCCCAAAAGAACUUGAAGUUCCUCGCACGUUUACAGUAAGCCUGUCCGUGUGUCCGUGUGUGGGUUGCCAGUCGUUUGAAGUGCUUAUUUUCCCCAAAUUACAGUGCUGCCAUAAUGAAGUAUUACCCUGUAAUUCCAUUCUUGCUGAAUGCGUGUGUGUUUGCGUGCGUGAGGUGAAACUUUGAGCGUGCAUGUGGCCAGCCAACUUGUGUACGCGAGCGUUUUCGUGCUUUGAUGCAUUUUGCGACUGAAGUCGAAACAUUGCUUUUGUGUGGCAUGCGCCCCCGCUGUGCUGAGGCGAGUGUUUGUACGUGUAACAAUGCGUACGAGGGCGGCUGAAAAAGAGGCAAUUUUGCGUGCGCCGUUCCCCAGUCGUGCUUCUAAAUGUGUGCUUCCACCAGCCAGCUGUGACAACGCUCCGUUUGAAGAGCAGGCGUCUUUGGCUGCGGGCUGUGUCGGCCUCACCUGCCGCCUCCCCGACCUGCUGAAUGUUGCAUGAGGCCUGGCUGUCUCAUGCAUAGUGCAGCAGCACAAACAUGCCAUUCAAUGAUAUACAUACUGCAUUGGCACCUGGAUCUGCCUUUGCUAACAAGCUGACAAUCUAUUUUUCAUCAGCACAUGCGGGGGGGGGGUGGACGUUUGAGGACAGGAAAGUUGAAUGUGCCUUAAAGUUUUUUACUCCCCAAAGUCCUUUUUCUCUUUGAUGUUUCUAAUUGGAUAUUUUUAGAUUGUGCUUUGUUUGCCCAGGCUUUUAUUUUGUCGCAUGCUGUGAUUCAUAACCCAAGGCUAUCCACGUCUUGGCCGGAUUGUAGCACAGGGGUGUCCAAAGUGCGGCCCAGGUAGCCAUUUUGUGCCUGCAACUUGUUUUUUUAUUGACGCCCCGUCAAAUUCUACGGCAUUAGAACAUGACAUGAAAAACAAAGAACAAACGCAAAUACAGUCGUCUCUCAUUUACCCCGGUUAAUUGGUUCCAAACCCGACCGCGAUAAGUGAAUUCCAGAUAAAUAAAUGGAAUAUUUUUGUAGGUGCAGCAUACAAAACGUGUUUAGGACUUUCUAAAUCCAGGUUUUAACAUUAUUAGAGCCCUCUUGACAUGAAAUAACACCUCUAUAGUCACCUUUUACACUACUAUUAGCCAAUAUAGUUGACAUAAUAAGAGAAAACAUGGCAUAGAAAACCUGUUUAUGACUUUCUAAAUGUGCUAUUUAACAUAAUUAGAGCCCUCUAGACAUGAAAUAGCAUCCCUAUAGUCACCUUUACACUCCUAUUCCCCAAUAUAGUCGACAUAAUAAAAAAAAAAUAAGACCUAUAAGUGGAGAUGUCCGUCAGCCUGAUAUUGGCAUAAAAGUGUAAUAUCGGUCAAUAUCGUUCAUGAAAUCGUAUCAUGAAAACCGAUAAUAAACAUAAUGCUGUGUAUAGGCCUAUUGGCCUCUUCAAACAAGAGGACCUUUAUUAGAGCCUUCUAGAUGUGAAAUAACACCCCUGUAGUCACCUUUACACCCCUAUGACCCAAUAUUGUUGACAUAAUAAGACAAAAUAAGACCUAUAAGACAUAGAAAACCUGUUCAUAACUUUCUAAAUGCACAUUUUAACAUUAUUAGAGCCCUGUAGACAUGAAAUGACACUCCUGUUGCUGUUACAUUUACACUCCUAUUGCCCAAUAUAUUAAAUAUGAUAAGCAAUAAUAAGACAUAAUACCUCACCGUAUGCCGCAUGGCAUUAAAAAAAUAUGGACGUCAGCCUAUCAUCCAUCCUCACUGUGACAUUUGUCAUGUGAUUGAUAGAUAUACAGGACAGCCAAUCUAACAUGAAUCUGCCAUAUAUAGAUGUACACUCCUACAAUACUACUAGCUUUGUUUAGAUCACAUUGCGCACCACUUAUGCACAGGCAACGACAUCGCUGAAGUAAUACAAGAGACAGCCACCGUUCGUUUUAACCAUAGUAAGCUACCGAGCUAAGUAGUCAGCCUCCAAUUUAUUAAUUCUAAACUUAAGAAUAUGUUUUAAAUGAAGUGGGGAAGGACAAAAUAAGAGGCCCAAAACGUACCACUUCCACAUGGAAUGGGAGGAGAUUUUUUUUUCACACUAUCACGUUGGACUGCAAGGAUCCAUGUCUGCAAGCUAACGUAAUGUAAUUUAAGCUAAUGUCUCAUCAAUGUAACAUGACUGAUACCUAUUGACCACAAUACUACAUAUGACUUGUCUUUAUAUUUUAGGUCAACUAUGAAACAGCCAUAAUUUAUUCAUUCAUUAAUGUUUGAAAAACCGUGAUAGAGCGAGGGACGACUACUCCAAAAAUGGCCGACAACCCAUGAAGACUGUACAGUGGAACCUCGGUUAGCGUAUGCCCAGGUUAGCAUGUUUUUUGGUUCAAGUUGAAAAUGUGUGCCAACAUUUUUUCUCGGUUUGUGUACAUUUCUCGCUUAGCGUAUAAUAUGGAGCAUGUCUUGUCGUGUUAUUGUUACACUGCGUUUCAUCACAAAACGUUCUUGUUCGCAGUCUGCUGUUAACAUGCUAACAGAAUGUAAACAGAACUGAAAAUCAUUGUCCUCCACCUCUGUUGCCCAUCUAUGACGCCAUCAGCAGUUCUUUGCUAACUAACACAGUUACACAACAAGUCUCUGCUUUUUCUUAUUGAUCACGGCUGCAAAAUAAGCCAAAAUUGAGCCAAUGAAACUUGAAAGGGGCGGCAUUUUGAUCAAGAAGGUGAGAAACACACUUGGAGAUUGUAGCUGCAUGUUAUUUUCACUCUAUUUUCAUUCAUUUGUGAAUACAAAAAUGAAGUUUUCCGGCUGUUUGAUACGUUUCUACAUACCGGAAUGCGUCCAAGCGUCAUGUCAUGGAUUAAAAGUGUCUUCUUCUUAAACCUCUGAGGGAAAUUGAGGAUAAAUGAUGAAAAGCUCAUGGACACACAUUUAUAUGAUACUCUAUUAAAUUAUAUUAUGAUUAUACCAUACAUAUUAUAUUUUUCUAUAUACAGCAUCAUUUCAAAGGUAUGUGUGUGUGCACGCGUGCGCGCUUGCCCAUGCUUCUUAAUCUAAUGAGGUCAAUCUCCUGUGUGGAGCUAAAACCUCUGUCUGCCUUUAUCUCUGUUGCAUGGUAAAGGAUUACCCGUAUUCUCAUCUCUUUUUUUUUUAACCCUUUCAUUCAUGUUCAUAAUAAGCAACAAAUUGAGGAUAACUUACUUAUGUACUAAAUCAGAAGUUAAUUAAAACUUUUGGCAAGCAGAUAGAAGUCAUGUAUACACUACAGUGGUACCUCGAUUUUCGUCGUUCAUUGGCUACAAAAGGUCUGGCGAAACCCGAAAAGUACAAAAGCUGAAUAUGCAUGUCAUUUUUCCUCUAAGAAAUCAUGAAUCUGUUCCAGACACCCAAAAAAUAUGAACACAAAAUACAUUUUAUAGAGAAUUAUUGCCUGAAUAUAAAAAUAAGAAUACAGAAUAUUUGACAAUAAUAGUUUUCCAUGCACGGGCACUCAGAAAUACGCAGUGUGCUUGAACGCCUCAUCAGGGCAGGGCGCACGGUGCCUAUUGAGGCAAGGAAGGAGACCGAAGCAGACGUGCUCAUCAUUCUGUGGGUGUUCUGAACAAAUAAACCACACACACAAUAAAGAUGAUUAAAGAAUUCCGUGAGUGUCUGUAGCAUCUCUGUAGUCUCUGUAGUCUACAGAGUCUCUGUAGUCUCAGUGUCUCAGCUCUUCAUUCUCAGGGCGUUGAAUGGAUGGCAACUGGAAUGUUCAGGUUUCCUUCGAAGACGUUUCUCCUCUCAUCCGAGCAGGCUUCGAUCAGUUCAUGCUUAACAACUAUGAACAAACACUAGUCUGACUAGGUAGGACAGCUCUUGUCUGAGGAGAUGAGGAGAUGUCACCCCCUUUUCACACCAUCUUUCUUCCGUCAAGGAUAUGUCCAUUUUUGUGCUGCUUCUCUUUGCGUGUUUAGCCUCCGUGCAAUGCGGUCCUCAUUGGAAAAAGUUUGGUUAAUCCUGGUCCACUGGUUGCAUGGAACAACGCUGUUAGGCGUUUGCUACUCCUACUAUGUGCAACGAUGUCGUGGUGUAUGCUUUUGGAGCCAUAAUACACAGCAUGUUUGUCCUGGCAGUGCAGUCAGCAGGGCUGCAAUCAGUUAACAUGAGCGACUGUCACUAGCUUCUGCAUUACGGCUAAUGUGCCGACAGCAGUCUCUCCCAAAUCAGAAACAUUCCCCCUUGUCCUUCCUCCAAAAGCUCUGCUCAAAAACAGGAAUUGUGAGGUCAGCAUCUGGUGGAGGAUAUGGCAAUUGAUGACUUUUCUAGAAAAAAACAAAAAAAAAACUGUUCUCAAGCCCACCAAAAACAAACAGUGUGGGGGUGGGUGGUUGUGGGGUGCUUCUGCCCCUGAAAAGCCAACAGCUGGGAUGGGUUGGAAGUUGCCUGAAGGCUUGCAAGUCACCCCUUCCCAGACCAUAUGGGGGAGGUUAGGUUGAGGCUAGGCCCGUGUCUCUCUCCUCCACAUCCCAAACUUCCCAUUCCCAUUAAGAAGACGCUGGAGAUUGCAGAGGAAGAAAAGUAAAAGAGCAUGACCGUGUAUUUCACCCCCAACCCCACCUUCAUCUUUAGCCUAAUCAAAUCAAGCAGGAAGCUGACGAGACUGAGGAAUGUUCAUUGAUAUUUUCUUCAUACACUCCUGACCAAAAUGUUAAGACCAGUUGAAAAAUUGCAAGAAAUUACAUUUUGUACUGUUGGUUCUUAAGGAGGUACUCAGUACCUCAAAAUGCAAAAAGAAGAAAUGGAGUUGAGAUAAAAAACAAUUUAUUACAAACAAGCAUUACCAUGAAAUCGGCUGUUCAUCAGCUGACCAAAAGUUUAAAACCACAGCCUUGAAAAGCCAAAAUGUUGGCAAAAAUGUGGAUUGAAUGUGAGUUAGUGUCAGGUAUUCACACUGUCAUGAUCUCUUGUGGCAAAGGCAAAAAAGCUUUCUCUCUUUGAAUGUGGUGGGAUUGUUGAGCUGCAUAAGCAAGGCCUCUCGCAGCGCACCAUUGCUGCUGAGGUUGGACGCUGUAAGACAGUCAUUUGAAACUUCUUCAAACAUCCUGAGGGUUAUGGAACAGAAAAGUGGGUGACCCAAAAAAUGUCACUGGUCCUGAGCCGGAAGAUCGCAUUGGCUGUCCGUCAAGACACGGGACCAUCCUCGGCCCAAAUGAAGGUUGUUCCUGGUGCUGAGUGCAGUCCAAUAACCAUCAGACGCCAUCUGCCACAGAGGGAGAAAAGGUCUUCAAAUGCCUCGUCCCCUUCAAGGCCACAAAAUUGGUCGUUUGGACAUUGAAAGGUGGGAGAAAGUUUUAUUCUCUGAUGAGAAAAAAAUGCAAACUUGACGGUCCUGAUGGCUUCCAACAUUACUGGCAUGACAAGGAGAUCCCACCUGAGAUGUUUUUCCACACGGCACAGUGGAGGGGGCGCCAUCAUGAUCCUUCAAUGCAACAAUGGAGCUUCAGAUUGUGCAGGGGCGUCAAACAGCGACUGGCUAUGUGGAGAUGUUGCAGGGGGCAUCCCUCGUGACUGGAGGACCUCGUCUGGUAAUGACUGGCUUUUUCAAUAGGACAACACUGCACUUCACAAAGGACUUCUUCCAGAGGAAUAAGAUCACUCUUUUGGACCAUCCUGUGUGUUCCCCUGAUCUAAAUCCAAUGGACAACAUUUGAGGAUGGAUGGCAAGGGAAGUUUACAAAAAUGGACAUCAACUCCAGACAGGGGAGGCCCUCCGUGAAGCAUCCAUUUUGUCUUCAACUGAGCUUCUUGGAACUUGGGAUGGAACUUGGUUCAGGUGGUAGAGUGGUUGUCUCCCAACUUGAGGUUGCUAGUUUGAUUCUCAGUUCUCCCGUGACCAUGUCGAAGUAUCCUUGGGCAAGAUACUGAAACCCCAGUUGCUAGUGAUGCUGUGUCAUCAGUCGGUAAAUGUGCUAACAGCACCUUUAGUACCUUGAAGAUAGAAGAGUGUAAUACAAGUAACUGGCGACCAAUCCAGGACGUACCCAGCGUCUGCCCAAAGUCAGCUGGGAGAGAUUCCAACUCCUGAACAAGAUAAGAGGUAGAAAACCACUGAAUGAAUGUAAUAUCAACAUCGUCACUUGUCUUGGUGUUUUUGCACAGCUUGGUGCUCUCAGUGACCUGUAGAUGGCACUCUAUGGCGCCUUAGGAUGGAUGGAGCAUCCUGUUUGGAGGCUCACAGUGGCGAGGUCCUGACGGUUGGUUUUGUGGACGUCACCUUGAGUGGCACAAUGAAGAGGACUGUUUGAUUGACAGUUCACAAACAACCAUCACAGUCGGUAGGACAUACCUCGUGAACGUGAUAGCCAUAGCUUCACCGUUGAACAGGAACCAGCUCCGAACUAAACCCACUCUUCUUUUUGAUAAAGAAAAAAAGUACGAUUUGGAGUCUGUAAACCAUAAGCAAGGCAUAUGACUCUCGCUUUGUAGCUACAGUAGGUAGCUGUUGCUGUAGCUGUUGUUGUCCGACGUAUUUCUCUCGUGGAAGGUCAUCAAAUGUGGAAAUGUGAUUGAGAAGGAGACAGGAGUGGAGGAUAAGUGGUAUAAUGUGCUAAUUCUCCACUGAGCAACAAGCAAUAACCACUUAACAACAUCUCUGUUGCUAACAACAAUCACAUGACCCUAAAACGCAAGUUUGUGGAAAAGUGUGACCUGCCACUAUGAGAUAAUAAUGUUACAUUACGAGUUUAAAAAUGAAACAUUUAUGUUAUGACCGUCUUGGGUCACUUCAUGUUAUUUAUUUGCAUUUUGCUUUGUUUUUGGUUUUUUUUUUAUUCUUUAUUUUAUUCUUCAUUUAUUAUUUCAUUUAGAAAGAAUUCCGUUAUUUUUUAUUUAUUUUAUGUUCCACUUCCAUCAUAUUAUAUUAGAUGGUUUAAAAAUGACUUUUUCUCUUUUCAAUGAAGAUAUUUGAAAAUAACACAUUUUAGAGCUAUAGGCUGUAUAAAAAAAAGUAGACUCUCCAAAAAGUAGCCCCUAAAGUUACAAUUGAAUAUUUUCAUAAGAUGUCUUUAUUUGUAUAUGUUGGUAUGGACAUCAUCCUUCGGUCCAUCCCAACAUUUAUUGCAUAAUUGCAUGCAUGGCUGAACACCGGCACGUUUUCCGGUGGGCAAAAAAAAAAUUCCUCCAAAAACUUAGAGGGUUAAAAUUUAAGGAAAAAUCAUAAACUGUGAUGCAAAACGUUUGUUCUUCUGCACUGCGAUCCCCAGAUAGUCUUUUCAGAAAUGGUUUAAUUGUUAGACCGUACUUUUUCCACAACAACAUCAACGGUGACGAUUAUCUCAGAACUUCGGAUGAGCAUCUCGAUCGUACUUUCAAAGGAAUGCCGCGUUUUCAUCUUCAAGGAAGUGGUCGGGUGGCACGUGCUUGGUGGGCCCAAGAUGGUGCUCCACCACACCGGAGGAGAACUGUAACUGGUCGGCUGACAGAGCUUUUCGGUGACCAUGUUUGCUUUGAACCGCCCAGUGGAAUGGCCCCCGAGGUCACCUGAUUUGACACCGCUGGACUUUUUUCUGUGGGGGCAUCUCAAAUCAAAAGUGUAUGUGGCACCACCACAUGACCUCGACGACACUGAACAGCCAAUCAGAGCUGAAGUUAACAUCCUCCAGAGGGACAGGGGAGCGAUCAGGAGAGCAGUGCAGGACAUGCGGAGGAGAGUGCAAGGUUUUCAUACCAUCAGAAUCUCAUACCGGCCCACGCCUCGUUGAAAGAUGGGGGAGGUCGGGGUGGGUUGGCCUGCAGAGGUGAUGGUGUGCUCUGGCUCCAUCCUGGGGUCUUGCACGGGGUCCCGAUCUGCCUGCCUUUUUGUGAGUAGUGUGUAUGGACACAGAGAGUAAAGAAAUCUAUAAGUGACUGCUGUGAUAUGGAGAGUGGGUAGGAUUUAAUAAGCGCUGCUUCUUCCUACUCCUUUGUGGACAUGUUGAAUUAUGAACGUGUGAUGCAUUUCAAUGUCACCUUGUAAGCAUGUUUGAAAUAAACCAAACUCAACAGAACUUGAUGUGGGGCGAUGUAAAUUCCAUCAUUAUCAGCGGGUUUACUGAAGUCCCUCUCUUCUACAGAGGCAUUCAAAAGAAGAGCAGCAGUGUUUCUAAUGGUACGUUUGUUCGAGGUCACUGAAAGGUGACAGCUUGAGUUCCCCUCAAGGCAUCUGCGUGUGUGAGAGUGUGCACACUUGCUGCUGUUUUUGACAUACGUAUCACUUGUGUGUGUGUGUGUGUGUGUGUGUGUGUGUGUGUGUCUGGAACACAAGCCAAUACGUGAACCCCCCCAGAGGGCCUGAUGUAGACUGCUUCUUGAAAAAUCUCAGCCUGUGACGUUUGGGGUAUUUGGCGAAUGGCUUCUGUCUUUCAGAAACAGCAGGAAACUGUCGUUAUUGUCCGACGGCAAUUUUGUCAGGCCUUUCUGUGAAGAUCUUUACUAUUGGACAAAAAGUAAAUGAAGAUGCUCGUCCAGCAACUUUAAGUGGUAGGCCAGCGGGGUCCAAACUUUUUUCCAGCGAGGACCACAUAGUGAAAAAUGAAGUGAUGCAACUUUGCCACUUUGCCAUUUUGUUUUAUAUAUACAGUAUAAAUCAAGAACAAAUGCCAUCUUAGUGUGUCAUAUAGGUAAACCCCCACCACCCCUCCGCCCCCUUUUUGUUGUUUUGUUUUUUUAAUUUUCCAUAUAUUUCAACUUUCUUAGAUAAUCUUCAUUUUUUUUUGUAAUAUUAUGACUUAAAUCCCAAUAAAAUUUUGACUUCAUUCCCAUAAUAUUACAACUUUUUCCAAGCCUAAUAUUCCCAAAAUUACUAGUUUUUUCUUUAAUAUUUCAACUCUAUGCUACUAAAAUUACAUUAGUUUUAUAUUUUCUUCUAGUAAGUGACGUUGUCCCAUAAUAUUUUGGCUAUAUUUUUGUAAAAAGCUGUCUUUUUUCUUUAAUAUUUCAGAGACACUAAAAUUAUGUUUCCUCAUAAUAUUACAGUAUUCUAGUAAAAAUUACACAUUUUUUCUCUGAAUAUUUUGACUUUAUUGUUGUAAAAUUACUGGUGAUCUUUCCAUUUUUGCUGCUGUUUUUUUUUUUUUAUUGUCUUAAUUUAUAUUUACAAAAUGUGCCGUUUACCAAUAAAAAAAAAAACAGCCACGCAUCUGCAAAUGGCCCCCGGGCCACACAUUGGACAUGGUAGAAGAAUGAUACUUGUAGAAUUAACACUGCUAAGUUUGUUACAUUAGUGUUUUGUUUGAUGAAAGGAUCCAUGGCAUAUGUUCUCUGACUGCUUGCUUCGUUUCCACAUUUAAGUGCUUAUGCUUUGAAUCGUCUUCUGCUUUUCUAAAAUUGGUUUGUUGAGUUUUAGCUGACAUUCUUCUGGUUACGUGUUUGUAGGGCAGGUGUUUAUUGAUAUUGAUACAAGCAACAAAAAUGCAGCACUUUUAAAAGGUGAAAUAAUGUGAAAGUAUGGAAUUACCUCCAUGCAUUGUCAACAUUGCAUAGAUAAAAACCUAUGCACUUUGUUUUGCGGACAAAAGACAGGAGCUGCUUGUGGUGUGGUGAAGUGAAGGUAAACCUGAUGAUCAAUAUUAAUGGUUUCAUAUCACAUUUGGGUCAUUGUCCUGCUGGAAAGGCCUAACCAUGCACGACCCUUCACUGUCCCGGCUGAGGCAGGGGCUUGUCAUCCAAGAUUCUACAGUACAUGAACCCUCAAUGCACUGAGGUCUUCUUGCAACCUUAGCAGAGUAGCAGAACGUUUCCACCUGCAUGUUUGACACUAGGGAUGGUGUUGUUCGACUCAUAUUCACCCUUCCUCUGCCUCCACACAAACUCACUGUGGCCUCACCUUUCUCCCAAUCAUCCUUACCCCACCAGGUGAACUCUUGCAUGGAGCUCCAGAGCCAGGUUGAUUGACUGAUCUUGGAUUUCUCCAAUUUAUCAAUGAUUGCAACAAUAGUGCUCUCUUUCUCACCAUCCUCUUCUACUCCAUUCCAGUCUUGUGCAGAUUUACAAUCUUGUUGAUGCUCUUGUAGUCCAUUCCAGUCUUGUGCAGGUCUUCAAUCUUUCAGACGCUCUCGUAGUCCAUUCCAGUCUUGUGCAGGUCUACAAUCUCGUUGAUGGUCUUCCAUUCCAUUCCAGUCUUGUGCAGGUCUACAAUCUUGUUGAUGCUCUUAUAGUCCAUUCCAGUCUUGUGCAGGUCUACAAUCUCGUUGAGGGUCUUCCAUUCCAUUCCAGUCUUGUGCUGGUCUACAAUCUUGUUGAUGCUUGUGUAGUCCAUUCUAGUCUUGUGCAGGUCUACAAUCUUAAUGAUGCUCUUCUAUUCAUUCCAGUCUUGUGCAGGUCUACAAUCUCGUUGAUGGUCUUCCAUUCCAUUCCAGUCUUGUGCUGGUCUACGAUGUUGUUGAUGCUCGUGUAGUCCAUUCUAGUCUUGUGCAGGUCUACAAUCUCGUUGAUGGUCUUCCAUUCCAUUCCAGUCUUGUGCAGGUCUACAAUCUUGUUGAUGCUCGUGUACUCCAUUCUAGUCUUGUGCAGGUCUACAAUCUUGUUGAUGUUCUUCUAUUCCAUUCCAGUUUUCCAGUCGGGUCUACAGUCUUGAGGUCAGCUCUUUGGUCUUGCCCAUGGUGGUGGGCAGGUUUGAAUGGAAGUGUUUGUGUGUGCACAUAAUGAGUUGAGAGUAGAGGUACUUUCUUAAAGGGACAGGACUCAUUUGUGUUUUUCUGGACACGUAACUGCUUUGUGGAGGUCAGAAUGCUUGCCGGUUGGUACCGGAUCAAAUACUGUCCUUCAAUCAAAUGCUAAUUAAUUUGUAAGCUUUAUUUAAUGCAUUUUGCUGCUAUUCUGUCCGUGUCUGUGGCGAUAAAACUACUAUAUACUGUACAUACAUACUAUUCAGGUCUUUGUGAGGGGGGACAGUUAGAACAUCAGCAGGGGAUCAGAUCAUUCUUCUCAUGCAAACAGACAUCGAUGAGACGACAAAAACUUGCACUCAGGUAGAGAUUUACGUGCAUGCACCACGAUAAUGUGUUCAUCAGCUGUCCGAGCCAAACAAACACCUGAGUACACACAGAUUUGAACCUUGAACUCCCACUGGAGACAUAAGCUCACAUGUUGACUGGUUUGCGGCAAACUUGCACAGGAAAGAGCGAGGGGUGAGCAAUCAUCUCUUUCUCUUCCCUCUUCCAUCUAAUCUGCUCAGUCUAUUUCUGUCAGACAUCUUAAAAUCAACAGCUUGGUCAGUUUAUUUGUCCAAGGCCACAACUUAGCGGGUUUUAUUGCUCUGAACAUCUAAAUCAGGAGGGGAUCUAGGGGACAUUUCCGGAUGAGCAUGCCUGGAGGCUCACUAAGGAGAAUGUAAACCGGGCCUGCAGCAUAAGUGAUAACAAAUAAGAGAUGCGCUGGACGUACGUAAUUUGUUUUUGUUUAGACUCUAAAGAGCACCAUGAAGUCUGACUGGAGCUCCAAGCAGGAAAAAACCCCACCGGAAAACACUUGACAAACAUCCAAACACUGCCAUGCACUCCUCAAACACCCUCCUGUCUUGGCUUUCACACAUUUCAAAACAUCCUCACUUGGAUAAACACAUCGGUCAAUGAAGGGAAAUGCCCAAAACAUCCAAUAUUAGUCUUUAAUUGGCAAUUCAUUCAGGUCCGCAACAAUACAGCUGGUUCUCCGUCUACGUACGAGUUCCGUUCCUACGAUAUUGGCGUGGAGUUUUAAAGGAAAAGUGCACUUUUUGGGGAAUUUUUUUGGAAUUAUCCACAAUCCUUAUGUGAGACUUGAACACACAUUUGAACACACUUUCUCUUUUCUGUGUGUUCUGAAGAUAUAAAAACUGCUAUAAAAAAAUACAUUCAUGAUAACAUAUAAUACUUAAAGUAUUUUUGUCAUUUUAAGCAUUAGCCGAACUUUCCUCCAUAGAAAGGAUCGGUGCACCUGGUGUUAACUUUUCCAUACUCAAAAGCAAAAACACAGCCACAGUAGCAAUAUGUAGCGUUACCUUUUGGUAUUGGCCGGAGGCAUUGUUAGCACGUGUGUGGUGAAGCUAGUCACUCGGCGGCUAGUAGCUAGCCGGUGGGAUGUGGCGAGGUGUCACUACGCCAAUAACGUAGUUCUUGGGCGUAACAAUGUUAAUACCAAUAAUAAUAACAAUGUCGCUGUAGCUUGGUUAAUAUGAAGGUCACAUUAUGUAAAUGGAGCGUUGUUGGUGCUUUUUGGAGGUUUUUUCAGAAGGCUUUUAGGCGGAAUAGGUGUGUCCCAUUACGGGCAUUCUUAACUGCCUCUCUUUAUCUGUUUUUAUAUCUUUAGAAGGCACAGAAAAGGGAAAGACGUGUUCAUGUCUCACAUAAGGAUUGUGGAUGAUGGGCAAAAUUCCCCCCCAAAAAGUGCACUUUUCUUUAAACGGAAGUGGGAACUUAUACGUAAAUAGCUAAAUCAACACCUAAGUCACUCCCACACAGAACACCAUCCGUCCAUCUUCUACGCUCAACUUCACUAGGGUCGCGGGUAUGCUGGAGCCUAUCCUAGCUGACUUCUGGCGACCUGCAGGGUACAGCCUGGACUGGUUGCCAGCCAAACUCCACACAGAAAUGCCCAACGGAGAUUCAAACCCAGAUCUUCCCGAUCUCCUGACUGUGUGGCCAACAUGCUAACCACUAGGUCACCGUGCGGCUACACAGAACACAUGAUGGACAUAUAAAAUACAUUACAUAAAAAAUGUAAUGAAAUGAAAAAUGAAAUGAAAUCCGUUACUUUUGUCCCUUCAGUUGUCUUGCACACUAAAAGGGGUGUUGCAAGGGAGGGAGAGACAGGCUAAUUGGGAGGAGGAUGUGUAAGUGAUGAGAGCACUACACUGCUUAGUUAUCACUGUCCGUUUCAUUUAUGGGAGUGCGUUGUAACCAGGAGGUGUCGUAACAAGAGGACCGCCUGUACUGUACCGGUGGUGGUUGGUCGUGGUUUAUUUGUUUCGGACAAGUUACUUGAACAGUCAUCAGCGUACACAAUUCAACAUGUCCGAAAAGGAGUAGGAAAAAGUAGAGCUCUGUACUUACGCUUGGAUAAAUAUACAAUGUAAACUGCAAACUUAGUUCAUGAGUUUACGAAUAAUAGACUCAACCACAUACUGUAACUGAUUUAGGGAGAGAAAAUAAUCAAAUAGAUAAUUUAUACAGUGAUGAAGGAAAAAAGUGUUUACAGACCAAAAACAGAAAGUGAAUCAAUUAGAAGAAAAUGAAAAUAAAAUUUAAACACAGUUGGAAAAUAAUCCAUCCAUCCAUCCAUCCAUCCAUCCAUCCAUCCAUCCAUCCAUCCAUCCAUCCAUUCUCACUAGGGUCGGGGGGGUAUGCUGGAGCCUAUUCUAGCUGACUUUGGGUGAGAGGCGGGGUACAUCGUGGACUGGUUGCCAUCAAUGGAAAAUUAUAUAUCAGAAGUAAGGAAAGGAGUAAAAAACUGACCGAAACAUUAUUCAUGUUAUAAUAAUGUUAACAUUAUUAAUGGAAAAUAAAAAACAAACAAACAAAAUGAAUGGUAAAUGAAUGAAGUGUGUUGUUUGAUAUUGUUGUCAUGCAUGCUUCUGCUGUUUAGAUGAAUCAUGAAUCAUGUAUUGCUGUUGCUGUUGCUGUGGUAUUGUUCCUCCAUGUGGUUGUUGCAAUCCUUUGUGUUAAAGUGUUGUUGUUUUCCAAUAAUAACUUCAUUCCAUCAGAAAGCAUCAUCAUUUAUGUGUGUGUGUGUGUGUGUGUGUGUGUGUGUGUUGUCUUUCGUGAGAUGAUGUAGCCUUUCAUAUUUGUCCGGUUCCUUGUUGUUGGUGAUGCCUUUUCUGAUUCUCUCUUUUAACUUAAUGAAGAUUUUACAUUAGUGCCUUCAAUUUCCCCCUGAUUUUGCCUGCUUUGUAUGACAAAAAGAAACAAAGUGUAAGAAAGAGGGAAAAAAAAAAGGUUUUCAUGCUUCGGUACUAAAUGAUCCACAGUCCAGUGGUUGGGAAAGCCUACCGACAUAAUAAAACUUACAAACAUAGUAAGAAAAAGUGUUCUAUCUCCGACAGUCCAAAAAAUCCAAUAUACAACAAGUUAAACUAUGAAUCACAAAGCCACGGUGCUCACGGACAUGUAGAGCGUUAAUGCACAGCACUCCCUCGCUGUCCUUGUGUGUGAAGCAGCAUUCUCAAAGCGUUGGAGGGGUGAGGGGUCGCUCCGGGGCCUG